AUCAUGACAGUUUUGAUUUAUUUACAAAAAAGAAAGCCAUCAUUAUCACCAGAAAACCAAAACAUGCAAAAAUAGGCAUUUGACGGAUGGAAUAUCAGAGAUAUGUUGACAUGAAGUUGUUAUUAUCAGUUUAAUAUGCGAGCGUCUAUUACCUGGUAGCCUGUUUCUUUUCUUUCAAUUUGGCUGCAUGUUUUGUGUCCUUCAAAACCGAAUUCUUGGUAUUCAUCGAGAGCAAAGAGCAAGGAUAUUUUAUGCCUUCCAUAAACAGAGGGGAUUUAAAGUCCUAUUCUGUACAUAUAUGACUUAAGGUGACAGUUAUAUCAAUCAAGAAAAUCGUAUUAGUUUAGUUAGAAAAGUGGAAAUAAACUUGAUUGGUGAGUAAUUGAAAAAGAUUGAAUGUAUUUCUUUUUUUGAUGUUUUUAUUGCCAUAAUCUUCUUAAGCCUGGGGAAUGUUUGAUUAAAUGAAACUGUCUGCGUUUAUCCAUGAAAUUGUCAUCAGUUGUCCACCAAAGACACAUUAUGACACAUUAUCAACAUUUUUAUCAGCAAACCUAUUGAGCAAACUUAUUGAUCUGUCGAAAUUAAGAUUUUUCGACAGGGCUCACCUGCAAGUAUUUUGUUUUAUUUUUUCAUUGUUCGUAAAUAAAUUGUCUUUCGAGGAAAAUAUUAAUUUUUGUGAAUAGAAGUUAUCGAUCACUUUUCUGACAUUUAUACACUGAACGAGUGCCGGAUGGAAAGCUUUAGUUUGUCUUAAAAAGUUGCUUUUUCAAAGGCAUUUUUAAUAUUUAUUUCUUUGCAUUGUGUUCCCGUGAUGUUUGGUUUCUUCUUCAAACGGGAUCUCGUUAACAAAUACAUUGCUAAGAAGUCCAGUGCCAACUAUCUCCGUGCUUUUAUUUUUGUAUGAAAAUAAUUUGGUCAUAUACCGUGGUGAAUUGAGAAAUUUCGGUGGGGAGGAAAGUGAAUAUAGAAACGAAACACUUUUUUGUUGUUAUGUUAGACACAAAGCUAUCUUGAAUGCAAUGAAAAAGUUACAAAAAAUGAACCUACUGUUCUACAAAAUCUGCAGGAAAUUAAUUAAAAAUCCCAAGUUCGCAAUAUUUUCCAUCACCAGUCGCAAAAAAGGACUAGAAAUACUGACUGAAUGUGACUUAAAAUUCAAAGCAUCGGAAUUCAAAUUUUGGAGGCGUCAAAAAAUCAUUAGUGCAGUCUAGGGAGAAGUUAAGGAGCAGAAGUGACGAUGACCUAAUGAUUUUUUUUGUUGGCAGUGAAGAAAAACCACAACCCGAAAAUAAUCAUUAAUGCAUAGAGCAUGUAGCUAUGCAUUGCAAUGUUUGCAAAUGAAAAAUAUCUGCAAAUGUUUUCCGAAACGUUUAAGCCCCGUUGUAAUGUAUCGGAUUUGAUAAGUUGAAGUCGUGUAAUACCUUUGACAUUUUGAAUUCUGUCUGAAAGUUAAAAGCGAAAAUUUAGUGGUUUUUCCUGCGUUUGAAAGUUUUAGUGAGAUAGAGCUUCGGUUCCUAAUAAUUUUUCAAUUUCCCUUCUUGGUUGGGAUUAAUUCUUGGUAACCCUUCUUCACCAAAAAGAAAUCCCAGUUAAAAUGUUGAUACUGAAUGUAUGAAAGCUUUAUAUGAUAAUGACCCACGCGAUUGCUGGGUUUGUGGCUGCCAAUAUGAGAUGAUUAUGCGAUUUGUGUGUUUUUGGCUAUAUAAAUUUGUAUAUAUGGUUUACCUUUUGUGUCAGCAAUAACACUAGCAAAGAGAGUGGUUUUCGCCUCUUUUUGUGACUGAAUUUUAACAAGUAUACACAAGUUUGUGCCAAGUAAUGUGUGCUUGGCUCUCAAAAUGAAGGUAUAGCAAACACCAGUGGUUUUCAUUGACCAUCAAGCUACUCGUGGACAAAUGUGCAUUGGCCCCUUUGUCUAGGCUGUUGUGUUACCUGCAUAAUGUUUCUUUAAAGUAACUGAUGUAAUAUGAAAAUAUGUUAAGCAGAAAUGGUUCGAAUGUGACAUUUAUGGAAAACCUUGAAGCCCGAACCCUAAUUCCAUCUUUCUUUUGUUCAAAUGCAUUUAUUGAGGCAUUCUGUUAUUGGUUAUUGCUACGUGAUUCUUUGGAUGUUGAGGCUUACAACUACAAUUGUCUUUCUGCCUAGAGCCUUCGAAUGCUAGACCACAUCUAGAGUACGUUUUGCCAUUCUCGCAGCACUAUCCAAUGAAAUCUUGUCUUGGUUACAACUCGGGAAAAUUGGAGCUAGGCGAUUCCUUAAGACUUGAAAAUUGAAGGGUUACAAUACAAACACUGUGCUGCACUGUAAUCAAUAUUAGAAUCACAGAUUUCAACUUGCUUCUCGUGCUUUCAAAAACUUUUUCUCAGAUUGUUAUGACCCAUCCUAGCCAUCUUGGUAGCUCCAAUUACAGCAAAACUAUUCAAAAUAGAACAAUUUCAUAGCAAAUACUUUAAAAGCAAAUUCUAGAUGGAUUUUUUAUCAAAACCCUUCUUCUUCUUCUUCUUGAUUUGAAAAUCACCUUUAGGCAAUCUCUACUCAUAAUUUGAUUAUAGGAUUGGAUGACGUUUUACUCAUGGAUGCUGUUUCUAUCACUAAGUAAUUAGUAUCGAAGCUCUGAAACAAGGUAUACAGAAAUUUCUUUAGAUUGAAAUGAAUGGAUCUUUUAAGAAUCUUUUAAAGACUUCCAAUUAUUUUAUUGCAAAGAACUGUGUUUUCUUAGAAUGAAAAUAAGAGAAAGGUACGUCGAUUGAAAUGGUGUCCAAGGGAAUGAAUUUUGAUCGUGAAAAUAUAUUGCAAGGAGGAUUAAUGUUGUAUUUUCCACAACCAUUCGCUUUAAAAACCUAUCGAGAAUUCGUCGUUCUUCAUUCGCUUGCCCUGCCAUCAUCACGAAUAGGAGGAUCCAAAUUCUGACUUCAUUGUCCUAGCCACUGAUAGAUUUGCUAGCAAUGUGUUAAUCUUUUCAUUACAAAGGAAAAGUUUUUUAAAGGAGAUUUACGUUUUGGAUGUAGCACAAUAGCAAACGUUUUUGGCUAAAAGCGUACUUAGGCAGAGAUAAAAGAGUUCUCGUCAUAGUUGAAGUUAAGCAAAGCUAAAAACAGUGAAAAUUUUUACCAUUAGCUGUUUUCUUGUCUCCAACACACCCCCUUUCAAGAUCAAAAUAAUUAUGCAUUUUUUUAAUGAAAUAUCGUUAGAAAACUUUGCCCACACAAAAAAGGACCAAAGAAUUGCCUGUUGCGCAAGACCCUUUAUUAUAUAUGUACAAAGAAGUUUUCAUUUUUUUAAACCGAGACUUUGAAUUGAACUUGUGCUGCUGCACUCUUUUAUCGACAAUGUUCUGAAUGCUUCUGGUAGGAUUUUUUUAUCUAAAGAGACAUCCUUUAUAACAUUUGGUCAGGUCGCAAACUUUGAGGCCAUAGUCAUCAAAACAACUUUAAUGGAUACUCUGUGCAAAUUUGUCUGGAAAGAAUUCUAAACACAAUCGCGUUUCGUCUUCGUUGAGACCAAGUUACCUGAGAUACAAGAACCUAUUCUUUAAGAAUUCCUAAAUGGCUUUUAACAUUUAGUUUGGAAAUUUUCACCUCAGGGGCCCAUUAAGAAGAUAUUGUUUCUGCAAAUAUUUGACGUGUUGAAAGGCGAGUCUACCUUGAAUUUGUUAAUUACGCCAGAUCCAUCUGUCAGAUACCAUAUGAUUUAUGUACAGCUUUAUAAACUUGACGUCCUGCCUUUUCAAAAUUUGUAAUUAUUUGUAAAUUAUGCCAGAUCCAUCUGUCAGAUACCAUAUCAUUUAUGUAGAGCUUUAUAGACCUGAGGUCCUGCCUUUUCAAAAUUUCCAGCGUUUCAAACUAUACUUUUUAGCUUCUCUUCCAAGAAUACUUGAUUCUAAUUAUGCUUUUUUAUAAUUGUAAAAUGCAAAUCAUGCCGAAUCUGCAAGUAAAUGAAAAAAGACUAGACAACAAAGCAGUAACAAUUGAAUUUGCUUUUUUAUGUAGAUGAUUUCUUUAAAGUAGUUUCUUGGCAUUCUGGUGGUGUCAUAUGGAAGUGGCAGCCUGUAGCAACCUUGUUUAUAACAAUCGUUUCCCUCAGAAAAUUGGCUACUUUAAAGUUUUUUGUUGACAUGCUGUUAAAGCUGGUUCAACUUGAAUGACCACUUUUCAAAGAAGUUGAUUUACUAAGGAUUUUUUAAGAUUUUCUGAGCCAACCAAACAGCAUAUUUGACUGAGUGACUUUUGUUGCCCUGAAAGAGGGGAAAGGGGCGGAGUUCCAAAAGAGGGAACUUAAGAAAACUAACCCUUUUUUUAUUUUCCUCCGUUUUUGUAGUUUCCAAAAUAAACAAAACGAAAAUAGAAAUCCCAAGGAAUUAUAAAGUCGCGAAAGUAGACUUAUAUUGGCCAAAGGAAUUCAGCGAGAAACCGUACAAGAAAAUUGCAAAAACCUCAAUCGCCGCGUUAAAACCAGAUCAAUCACCUGAUCAUGUCAAUGCUUCUGAACAACAGCGCUUGUACUAUUGAGAAACGGACUACAGCCCUGUGUACAUUACCCAAACUAACAUGGGUUGGCCCUAGGUUAAAAGUAAUCCGGGUCGAACCCUGAUUCGUUUACGCUGUAAACUGUUGAUUUUGUAGUUUAAAUGGAAUCAAGGGCGAACAUGGGUUUGUUUGUUAUCGACGCAUGCGUAAAACACACAAAUUGAAGGUGAGGAUAAACAAAAUGGCGGCGGUCAGCGUGUAUAUUGUUUAUGAACUUUACACAAUAUGUACAAUGAAUCGACUCUAGAAACAAUCAUUCCCCAACCAGGGCCUACAAUGAGAAAACUUCGCAUUCGCGCUUUGCCUUGUUUUGCAUUCGGUGCCAUUUCUGUCACUGGGCGUGCGUCCUGAAGAAACUAACCCAGGUUCGCCCCAGGUUUGCGCUUACACUAUACUUAUCUAAACUAACCCAGGUUCGACUUAGGGCGAACCCACUUUUCGAGAUUGGUUAAAUAAACCCUGGGCGAGCCUGGGUUAGUUUGUGUAGCGUAAACAGGGAUUACGAUAACGGAGGAAAGUUUAGAGGUUUUAAGUUAGACCACCUUAGUUCUUUAUUUCAUCUUGGGUGUUAACGAUCUUAUGAAUCAGCUGUUUUUUUAAUCAUUAUUUCGGGAGAUAUUUUGAAAGUUAUCAGUGGAUACGGGUUGAAGAAUGAAGAAGAUUGUGGUCUAGGUUUUGCUGGGAUCACGUUGUAUCCUAUCUGCUCAAUCUGUUAGUAUUGUUGAAGAUUACGCGCCUUUCGCCGCCAUCACGUGACAAUCACAACAUCGAUAACAAUCAGCAUGUUAGAUCUGCUUGACAUUUGAAAUGUGGAUCAAUGGUUGAACUGUUAGUUUUGUUUCGGAUGGCUUUGAGCUCGCAGUUUUCACAAACGACCUGUUCAGCGAAUAUUAUUUACUUUAAUGAAAUGGUUUUGCCUGUAUUUGCUUUUACCACCUCUUUACCCUGAGUGCCGGAGUCUCCAAUAUAAUUUGAAACUAGUCAUAGAAAUAUUUUUUGAGCGAGGAAAGGAAAUAGAGACUUUACUGUUACGUCUACAAUGCUUUAUCCCCGGAUUCAUGUGGCUAUGGUACCCAGGGUACCACCUCUUAUGAGCACUGUCACUUCAAUUACAUAUAUAUCUUUCUCUAAAUAUGGCUAUUAAAUCACGUGCAUCACAGAACAUGGUCAGCCAUUUGUCGGAAAUUUACAUUACCGGAUGUGCUGCUCCUCAAACACCAUACUUGACCCCAAUGCUGUUGAAUAGGCAAGGCAUAUGACUGAUAACAUUUGAAUUCAGUUAUCUUGUUGCAGAUCAUGCAGUAGGUAUGCAAAGCAAAAGUUAAUCAAAUGCGUUUGGCCUUUUGCAUAUAUUGAUUGGAUUCUUGAUAUCAUCAUGCAUAAUUUCACAGGUCUUGCAUCUUAAAGAAGUCUGAUUUAAACUGAAAUCUUACGAAGUGCUCAGAUUACACCAAAUGCUAUCAGUUUGGCAGUAAGCCUUUGCUCUUAAUUAACAUUGGCAAUAUAUUUUGGUUUAUAAACCAAAGGUGAAACUCCAUACCCGAAGUCAUCAUUUGGCAUUAUUGUUUUACUGACGAAUUCAUGACAGGUGGUUUUGUCCGCCAAGAUUUACACAAAGAUGAGCUGUUCGACACUGCGAGCUUUCGUUUACAAUCUUCACAGAAGGCGCUUCUUAGAUGUUGCAUUCCACUCAAAGUCAUGACGGGUUGAAAUCAACAGCAUGCCAAAAUUUGUUGGAAGUCUUGCUUUGAUUCGAUAUUUGAGGUUCAGCCACGACUGGAUGCUGUCUUAGCAUUUGUCUACAGUUUCUGGAAAGCGUCAUCGGUUCAAAAGAACUUCAAACGCGUACCGGCAUCUUGGCAUUUCAAACCAUCUUCUGUGCAAUCGUAUACCAUUUGUAAGCCUGCCGUUAAUUGCAAGUCUUGUCAAAUAACAUCCAAACUUAAUGGAUGUGAGAGAAAAAAGAUUUAAUACAGACCAGGUUUAUUAAUAAUGUACAUCCGUUUAAAGUGUUGUGAAGACGAGAAUUGACUUUUGUGCAGUGUCGAACGCAAGACAAGCGACAAUGUUGAGGUAUCUAUCUGUGCACUUAUUCCUUUUUUUAGGAUUCACGCAUUUUGUUUCUUUUAUUGCGAAUUUUAACAUCUGCCAAGACGCUUUUGAUAUUUUGGAUUCAUGUUGUGAAUUUUCAUCAAACUUCGGCGCAUAUAACUUACGUUUGCUAUGUCUAACAAAAUAUACUUCAAUGGCAUACGAUAGGAAAGAAGUGUUCGUUGUAGAUUUUGUUGCAUCCUUUUUAGAAUAUGCGCUAUGUAAGUAUUAAUAUACAAAAUAAAAUAUACCAUAACAUACCAAAGGGCUGCAUAAUUGUACCUAUAAAUUUUGUAUAUAUUUCAUUUUAUAUUUUUCUUAAACGUGUCUCUCUUUUUCGCCGUGCUGGUUAUCUGCUUCAUUUCUAUAUGUAAUCAUUUCCUAUAUUUCUUUAUGUUUCUUAAUAUUUUUUCAUUUACUUCUUUCCCAAAGUGUGAUACUCUCAAAAUGUUUCUCUUUCUUUUUACCACAACCGUCCUUUAAUUUGACUGAUUUAAAUCGACUGAAACAAUACCUCCUUUUCUCUUUGAAUAACUAUCACAUUGAUAUGCCAUUUUUAGGCGUAAGAUAUUCAAGAAAACUGUCACUAAAAACCUUUGUAGUUUUUAGGUUAGUGUUACUGGUCAUAUUAAAAAAGAAAAGUUCAAAUUUAGCAGCCAAGUUUUCUUUAAACUUUCUACGUACUUGCAAUUAGCAAAUCAGCGGCUUUAGUAACUUUAUUUUGAAGGCGAUGUUUUUUGGCCUGCUGUUCAUUUAAGCAGUCUAUUUUCUUCCUGCACACAUACACAAUUUCUUAAUUGUAUAAACUAUUGAAAUUUCCAAUAUUCGAAAUUCUGUAUACCACCAAACUUAUUAUUUCCUCUAUUAGUGAAAUUACGACCACGGGUCAUUAUUUUGUUUUAUUAUUUUACCAUUGAUAAUUAUAAUUUACCGUGCUCGAACAAUAGAAUCGUUUCCAUGUAGAAUUUUAUUUAUAUUAUUUCGAGCCGACAAAAUUAUGUCACAUUUGUACAUCAAAGGAAACUGAGAUAGAGUCGGUUGACGCAGCCAAAAGUCGCUUGAUAUCUUAACUUGAACAACCCCAUUAUAAUCGCCAGGUCCUAAUCUUUGCUGUAGUCCCUCUAAACACAGUAAUGUUUUUAUCGAUUUAGGAUUUUGUUGGAAUGCUAAUCAUUCUAUCAAUUAGUAAUGCUAUUUUCUUGUAUUUUUCAUAAUUACCCACUCAAUUAGAAAGAUAAUGUGAUAGAUAUCGAAGCAUUACGAUUUACGCUUUUGCCAAUAGCCGGGCUACUUUUGUCAGCUAAAUUAUAAUUUUAUUUAAAAACAUUCUUGUCUUUGGUAAUCCUGAGGUUAGUGUCCCAUAAAAAAUUAAAGGAUUUCAAGAGAUAGCCUGGACUAAUAAACAUCGGUUUUCUGCAAAUCUUUGACGUAUAGAAUAUUCUCAAAAGAAGAUCUUCAUUUGUAGCACAGCUUCAAGCCGAAAUUUAGUUUCUUUUGAGUCAUGAAGUAUUUUUUUACCAUGAAUUGCCUUUUAUUGAAAUCAAGUGUUAUUUUAUUGGAUUUUUUUUAAUUUAUGACAUCAUAGAGUUUGAGGUUUCGUCAGAUUAUCUUACCCGAUCUUCUUUAGAUGUUUGUAGAAAAUUAAAGAAUGAUAUCUGUCACCGUUUUGAAGUACAUACUAAUGGAACAUCGACUAUCCGGAAUCUUUGAAUUUGGCUAAAAAUCCGGACAAUUUAGAGUCUUGUUAAUGGAAAAUGACCAUUUACACAGUAAAGAAUAAUUUUGCGUUACUGUUUUGGUUUUGUGAUAACCAUGAUAUAUUUUUGGCUAGCAGGAAAAUGCGAAUCAUGAAUAAUGACGGAUUUUAGAUAAUACCGGUUGAUGUAGAUCCGGUUGAUGUAGAUCCGGUUGAUGUAGAUCCGGUUGAUGUAGAUCCGGUUGAUGUAGAUCCGGUUGAUGUAGAUCCGGUUGCUGUAGAUCCGGUUGUUCGGCCUUCUAUCGACCCGCUCUAUAACACUCAGUACCAGCAUCCACGUGCUUGGUAAACAGAGACAUGUUUAUGCUGGCAGAUGUUCGUAUCUUCAUCUUUUAUUAGGUAUGUUUUUCCUGUGUGGAAGCCUUUGCCAUUAGCCUAUGAUGCAACGCAACAAUUUUACAGCGAACAUGUUGUUCAUCUCUUGCACAAAUACUUAACUUCGCACAACUAUGACGGUAUGAAAUAAAUAGAGUUAACGACAUAAGAAACCUCGCUUGAUAGUAUUACAUUAAAAAAAUUCUUUGAAAUUAUUUCAUUAUGGUACUUGGCUAGAUAAUGGCUAGAUAAUUUUUAUGGCAUGGCUAGAUAAUGGCUAGAUAAUUAUAUCAAUUUCAACUUAUAUGCUAUUUAAAUGCAUCACCACCCCCCUGUAAAUCAGUCUGUCUCUAACUGAGGAGCUACCAUGCCUGCAAAAUUCAAAAUGAAAAAAUGAAAUGAAAAAGUAAAAAAAUCAGUUUGUGUUUUGAAUUUUCGUGACUUUCGUACAUAGCACUAGCUAGCCGCUUCCCGUAGUAGUUUCUUUUGAUAAAGAAAGGAGAUUAUUCACUGACACAUUGCCCACCAUUCUUGGGAAAACAUGAAAUUCUCCUGUUGAGUUUAUGUGUUUUGAUCGCAUUUGUGUUUUAAAAGUCAAAUCUAGUUGUCGAACGCAAAUGAGUCCGCGAUUAGACCACGGUCGGCGCUUGUCAAACACUUACAUUUUUCAUGUUUUUAUUGUUAUUAGAUUCUCCCGACUUUCGAUAACUAUUCUUAAUUUGCCGAACAUGCUGAAAGCUUCGAUUCUCUUCUGCGUUUAUUACCUGCCUUAUCGUCAUAAUUUUCACCUUUGAGGUAAGCUUUAUAGUUGUCAAUGAAAACACGUUUUUAUGUUUUUUGAAUCUCCAAAUAUUAGCUAACAGUCUGAUUGCUAUCUGCCAAAUUUCACUGAUCAAUCGUCCAAUGAAAACUCGUAUUUUAUUGGAAUGUUCAUAUUUACUCCACCCGAGAAGUGCUUGACUGAUUUUGCCGAAGCUGGCCUAGAAUGGCAAGACUUUGCUCAAUUGUAAGCAAUAGCGGCGACUUGCUUUGGUUGAGAACUCAAAACAGUUCUUUUUUAUAUACCAAAGGGCGAAACGCCCUGUCUAUACGAAAGUGAGAACUCUGCAAUAUUCUGGUUUACAGUAACCACAAACUGUAGGUUUAUUAGUGUAUAGAGGGCUGGUCAACAGUAACCGGAAACCGUACACAGUUUAUAUCAACAGCGUACAGCGGGCCGGUUAACAGUAACUCUCAUUAAUUGGCCUGGUUUCACCCUAGGUUUCCUGUCUAUACGAAAGUGAGAACUCUGCGAUAUUCUGGUUUACAGUAACCACAAACUGUAGGUUUAUUAGUGUAUAGAGGGCUGGUCAACAGUAACCGGAAACCGUACACAGUUUAUAUCAACAGCGUACAGCGGGCCGGUUAACAGUAACUCUCAUUAAUUGGCCUGGUUUCACCCUAGGUUUCCUGUCUAUACGAAAGUGAGAACUCUGCGAUAUUCUGGUUAACAGUAACCACAAACUGUAGGUUUAUUAGUGUAUAGAAGGCUGGUCAACAGUAACCGGAAACCGUACACAGUUUACAUCAACAGCGUACAGCGGUCCGGUUAACAGUAACUCUCAUUAAUUGGCCUGGUUUCACGCUAGGUUUGUUGGCUGGAAGAAGGCCUGGGGCUCAACAAAUAACAUUAGGACGACAGAAAACCAGAAAUUUGUUUAGUUAAAACGCGUUGCAGGUAACAAUUUCAUAAAAUUAAAACUAGAAAUUAAAGAGCAAAUAGGGAGUUGAUCUUAGUGGGAAACAUGUGCUAGUAUUUGUCAAGUUCAAACAACUUAUUAGGUCAGUAGAAUUUUGAAAUUAUUACAAACAGUGUUCUGACGCCGAAAUGUAGCGAAAUGAAAAGUGACCAGACACAGUUUGUCUAAAAAUCUUUACACUUGAAUUGCAAUUUUGUUGCAUUUUAACCCAUUUCGUAUUUGAGUGAUGACAGAUAAAAAUAUAGAUGAAAUACAGAAAGUUUGCGGAUAGGCUUGCGGAAUCUAUUACAGUUAUCUCCACGACAAGAAACAUUGUGACGGUUUGUGUUGACGCGAUCUUCUUUUAGUUCGGGAAAUAAUGUUUUAAAGGAGUUUAAUUUCAAGAACCUAGUUCGAUGUCAAACCGAGAUUGAAGUAAAUUUGCUGUCCAACAGUAAGAAUAUUUGAAGAAUUUAUGAAUUAAUUUUCGAAUUCAUUCGAACUAUUGCCUGAGAUCGACAGCGACGCUUAGCGAGAUUUGGGCUUAAGGGGGUAUGGCUAGGAAUCAACUUUGAAGAUUGUUAUGUGAAGAUGUUGUUCAUUUAGUUUCAUAGCAAAGGAAGGGCUUUCCUAAUAUGUUGACUUGAUCCUCUGCAUGAUUUCUUCUGCGGAGUUCUUAGACGGUUUAAUGUGUUUUUAACUAGCAAUAAAAAAAGCAUCGUCUAAGUCAUGUUUGUUGCAAAACAUAGCAAAAGUUCGUGCUGUAUGCUUGUGUUUCAUGCUACUUUAGCUUACUUUAAAGAUAAUGUCGACUUUGAUACCAGCGUCACUGAAACACAUAUGGGUUUCUCAUGGAUCAUGUCUAGAGCCACUUCUUUUGAAAAUGAAGCAAAAAAUAUUUUCUUUGUCUCUAAAGGCGACAAAGCUUAAUUUUCCUUUGAUGUUGAAAGUCUGCGAGUUUAUAAUGUUGUGUUUAAACUUUUUGCAAUUAUGAGUUCGGGCACGUAGCCAAAGAUCUUAUUUUUUGUCGUUAUAGCACUCGACAAGGCUGUUGUUUGCUUGGUAACUCGAUAGAUGUGGUGUACCAAUUAGUUGCAAUAAAUGAGGGCAUAUCCACGGAAAUUUCUAGUGCAAUCAAAGCAACGCAAUAUAGACAACAUUAACAAGCGACUUUGCCCUGAAACCCCAUGCAUAAUCCCCGAAUGUUCUUGGUGAAGAAAACCAAGGAAGAUAAUUGUCCUAUUCUGUUUGAUCGCAUGGCCUCUUGUGUAAUCCAAUCAAGCCGCAUUUUGUGAGGUUUAUCGCUUAGCCAUGAGUACUUUUAAGGAUUUUGGCGAAAAACAAAAAAUUGGCCUUUCACUUAAUCUGUGUUUUUUCUCUGAGGAUUUGCGGGUCAAGAUUAAAACUCAACGAAACGUUUUCAUUUGAUCGAGUGAAAUCUUGUUAAUAUGUUGGACCGCUAUAAGACAUUUAAUCUGCAAAUUUAAGGUCUUUGAACAUUGACUCUGAAAUUUUGCUUUUCACUUCAAUGAUAUCGCUUCAUAUGUUCAUUCAACAUUGGCCCACGCAUUUGUGAUUUUUGAAAGUAUUCUUUAGCAGACUAAAGUGUAAAAUCAACAAUGCUUCAAAAUGUUUCAUACAAAACAAGCGUAGAGUCUAAAGUUAUGCAUUAUUCAGAAUUCUCCAAGAUGUAUGUGUUGAAUGGUCAAGCUCAUCAAACAACUUUUCGAGGUACUAAGAUAAAUUAUGAUAGAAAUCUGACCAUCCCACAGGUGGCGUCUCAUUUUAGGCGUGGCUCAAGGAUCCAUUUCUUUUAAAAUGACCUUUCGUGGAAAGAUAAUAGCCAUUGCAGGUUCAAAAAUUGACUGCUGCGAUAAGAGCAAGCGUAAGUCCUUUUUCUCUGAUUAAGGUAACGUUCUUUUUUCGCUUGUAGUUGACCAAUGAAAAUGCGCCAAAGCAACUUUCAACCUGCAUAUAACCUAGAGCGGAGGCUAACCCUAAAGCCUGUGAAACACCUUCUGCCUGAAUCUUCUAAUUUUAAUGAUUUUCUGAAUCAGAUCCGGAUUAAAUCAAUUUUAAGACUCACUGCAGUGCAAUUAAGGUGGAUUUUGAAGGUUGGAAGGAAGAAAUAGAUAAUCGCCUAAGGAAAACUGUUUGUAUUUUUAGCACGCUUUCCUUUUUCCGGCCUCAAACGCUCUUUCGAGCAACUUCACUAAAAAACAACAUCAUAUCAACGCACUCGGGCUCUUUUGUUUCUCUUAGGUUUCAAAACGGCCCUUCUUCUCCGUGUAAUCUCACAAGUUUUGUACUUAAUGCUUCUAAGCAGAUUUUUAAGCAACGCUUAAGACUACAUUACUCACUCCACGUGUCCAAGCCUUAAAGUUGAGCUCCAUUUGGGAUGACUUGUUUUGUUCGUUACAGGCGUAGAAAAUUUACCCUUUUUUGGUGCGCUGUGAAUUUGUCAUGUCCUACGGAUAAAUUUAUGUGACCAAAUUACAGUGACUACAUAUCUCAGCCAAUUUCCAACACAUUUAGCUGAUUUCGCACAGGUAUAGGUAUAUCAUGAUUAUGCCUUGUCAUGUUAUGUAAUCAAACUCCAUAAAUGCUAGAAAUAAAUAUUUGCGGCAUUGACCUACAUCAUGGAAGGUGGCAUGCUUUAAUCAAUGCCACCUUUCCAUGAUGUAGGUGUUGGAAAUAUGCACUCUUGCCAGAGUGUCAAAAUAUUGUGGAACAUUCUAGUUUACUAUUUCAGAUCAUUCUAUUCAUUCAGAUCAUUAUUCGUACCGCUACUCAUAGUUCGAUUUUAAUUUUUAUUGAUAAUUACUUCUGCUUUUCUCAAGCAUUCUGGAUUGAUACUUUUCUAGAAACUUCUAGAAAAUUAUAAUAAACAUAUAGAAAAACACUUCUGUAUUAGGUUGGUUUGUUAUUUAUAUUAUUACCUCUGCGUUGGUAAAACUGUGUUUGUACGUGAAUACCUUCAACAGUAGGCAUUGCUGGGAAAGUUUGAUCGCCGGAUGAGCUAAUCCCGAUUGAAUCUUCUUCUAACCUUGCUAAUCUUUCUAUCAAUUUACCGUCAUAUGUCUAUCCUAUUCAAACUCAACAACUUUGUUUGAUUCUGCAUAAAUUAUUCUGUCUUUGGCAAUAGACAAUUUAUUAUGAUUCUAUAUUUCUUUGUCCAAAGCUAUUGGAAUCUCCAUUGUUUUUGGUCUAUCACAUUUUCAUGAUCAGCGACCAGAAAUUUCCUGAAUCCUGGGUUUGAAGCAAAUCUUCCAUAAUCACGAGGAACGACUGGGGAAGUCCCUCUUUACCGAAGCACCGUUAUAGGGCAAAGUAGCUACUAAAAAUCCCAAGGUCGAAAGCAAAAUGACCAUUCUUCCAUUGCCGGUCAUUGUUCGUUUGUAGACUGACAGCAAUGGGAAAGUGCGCCUAUUUCAACAGAAACUAAAGAAAAACCUGUAGUUUUGUAUCACCCGAGUUGAGGUCUGACUCCGGUUUAUGUAUCCUUCCGGGUUCAGUCUCAUUGAGAUCCGAGAGAUUCAUUAGUUGUUGCAAUUGUCUGUGCUGGCAAGUUCCAAAUCUCUUGAUUUUCAAUCCCAGUGCUCUUUUUGUGAUCAGUGUGAAUUCCUCAACUUAUCCCGGGUCGAGAAAACGUUCCUUUUCGCCUAUUCUAAUAGAGAAGGGUUCAUACAUGUUAAGGGUCAUUUUUAUGAUAACUCUCGAAAUAUGAAUCGUCGGUAAAAUAGAUAUUAACGUAAAUGAUUCCGACCUGGAUUACAUGCCCGAGUCCGGUUCAUUUUGUUUAAGAUAUAUGGUACCUAUACUUUGUUGUCUUUAAAAUCACAUGUCAGGCUAUCUAAAAUGGUUUUGCAAUAGCUCAGGAGACUUUGAUAUGUAAAACAAAACGGCAAUCUCCAAAUGAUCGAUGAAUCAUCAGUGAAGUAUGUAUGAAACGAAUGAGAGAAUCUACAAACACGAUUAAGUGAACUGUAAAUUUGUUUAAGCCUUAACAGUGUGUUUAGAUGUUUAAAGUGCAAACACCUUCUCUAACACUGGCUUUGCGCGCAUGGAAGCAACAAUAGGGAGCAGAGUGAGCUUUGUUCUUUUUGUAAAACUCUCUUGCUUUGAUGCUUUUCGCCGUUCUUGCUAGCUGAACAGGUAUCUAGAGCGUAAAAACAAAUUAGGAGAUUGACCGCAAUAUAUUGCAAAGCUGUCUUGAACACAGAAGAAAUAUAUUUGGCAAUACUAGUGUACUGAAAGGUCACAUUGAACCAAAAAGUCAUGUCAAAUGACACAAUUCUAGAGACUCAUUCAACUGUAGAUGCAGAAGUUAUAGCAAAUCAAACUGUGAACUUUAAGAAAGUUUCGCAAGCCAGUCAGAAAAAAGCAUCAGUUAAUGGUAAGGAAGAAACUGAUGAUGUUGACAUAGAGGCUGGAAAGCAAUCACUAGACUCGUCUGGCAACGAAGAUCGAGGCUGGAAUAAUGUCAAGAAAAGACUUGGCACUCUUGUCGCUGUGAAGGCAGUUAUGGACACCCAGAAGAGGCCGAAAGUGCGAAAACCGGUUGGUCAAAAAGAUUUCCUAGAGAGAUUCAGCACUCGGGAGUACCAUCCGGUGCGGAGUGUUAAAAGAAGCUCAGUUAGCAAUGCUGCUAGGCGCGUUUCGGUUGUCAUUAACACCCCACAUAACAAACCAGUUGGUAAUAGGGAAAAUUUCAAGAAUAACAACGCCUUGGGCGAGCAACAUGAGCUGACUGAAAUCAAACCUAAGGAAACUGUUGUUGUAGAUAACUCAUGUGCGAAUGAAGACACUGAAGACGAAAAAGUCGAGUUUAAAUGCAAGGAGAUCCUUAUGACAUUCACAGAGCCGUACAGUACCUUUUUAUACUGUUGGCUGUAUAUUGUAAAUCUGGCAAUUGGCUACAACGCAUGGGUGAUCUUCCUGCGGAUUGCGUUCUCCGAUGCGCAGCAGCAAUUCCAGACGGUCUGGUUUACUUUGGACUACAUAGCUGACUUUAUCUACGUCUUUGACAUAAUCAUAUGCACUCGAACUUCGUUUUUAGAGGACGGUAUAUACGUCGAUGACUUGAGAAGGAUGGCACAAGCUUAUUUGAAGUCAUACCAUUUCGCUCUUGAUUUCACGUCAGUAUUGCCAUUGGAUUUGAUAUACUUCGCCGUCGGUACAAACCCAGCACUCAGACUGCCACGGAUGCUAAAAUAUUACAAAACUUUUGUCUCCCAGAAAACCAUUCUCGCGUUGACAACAUUCCCAAACGUGCUAAGAACGUGCAUAUUCUUGCAUCUGAUGCUGAUAAUGAUGCAUUGGAAUGCGUGCUUUUACUUUCUUAUAUCAAAGUACGAAGGUUUUGGCGUUAACGGAUGGGUUUAUCCAAAAUUCAACGCCAAAACUGCAUCUCUUAGCUACCAGUACGCGCUCUGCUACUAUUGGUCAACGUUGUCUUUGACAACAAUUGGAGGAAGUGCACACCCGGAGACUACCAUCGAGUGUGCCUUUAUGAUUGUCUGCUACUGUGUCGGUAUAUUCAUAUUCGCAAGCAUUGUAGGCCAGGCUGGCAACGUCAUCCAAAAUAUGAGUGCUUCUCGAAUUGAUUUCGAAAAACAGCGGGACGCAUCGAUGAAUUAUAUGAAGCGGCACAAUGUGCCACAAGACAUGCAGCGAAGAGUCAGACUUUGGUAUGACUAUAGCUAUUCGAGAGGUCGUUUUCAAGGAGGAAUGGAUAUCAACGAUAUGUUGCUUUUACCAAAUAAAAUGAAAACGGAGCUGGCAUUGCAUGUUCAUCUCGAUACACUACGAAGGGUAAGCUUCUUGCAGAAAUGUCAGCCAGAAUUUCUUCAUGAUUUGGUUUUAAAAAUGAAAAUGAUCAUUUUCACCCCUGGGGAUUACGUCUGCCGCAAGGGAGAAGUCGCUAGGGAAAUGUACGUCAUCAGUGACGGAAUUCUAGAAGUUAUCAGUGAAACUGGUAGAGUUCUCAAAGUUUUGCACUCAGGGGAUUUUUUUGGUGAGAUCGGAAUUUUGAGUCUAAGUAAAGGUCAAAAUCGGCGCACUGCUGAUGUUAAAGCAUAUGGAUACGUAGAGCUUUUUGUAUUAUCGAAAGACGAUGUUUUAAAUGCAAUUAAGGAAUACCCAAACGCACAGAAGAUUCUUGCAAAACAUGGUAGAAAUCGUUUAAAACAGGACAACAGUCGGAAAGACGGGCCGCGUGACGAUACGACUAGCGAAUCAGAUGAUGAAGUCGGCAGCAUGUUAAUGAAUAUGAACAGUAGCACCGGACUUAAUGACGCGAACGACGUUAAAGGAUCGCCUGAUUCACGAAGAAGCAGUUUUCGUCGCGGUAGUAUUCGAAGGGACAACGAUAGCAGACGAUCGAACAGCCUACGAGUUCCGACACCCGCUGAAUCGGACCCAAAUGCGCUUCCGUCGAAUAAAGGAGUCGUGCACGACGCGAUGAUGUCGGUUAUAAAUCCACUGGUUAAACCAGCAUCGAAUGUCAUUGCUUCGGUCAGGUCACCAUCGCUACAAGAGAAACGAAAAUCCUUCUCGUCAGUUCUCGUUAAUAACGAUGCAAUAAAUGCGGAUACUAUAUCAGUUGGCAAAGAUAUCGAAAAGGAAAAAUUAUGUGAAGCAAAGAAGCCUGUUAAGAGUUCCCUAGAAACAGAAAAAAUUAUCAAAUUCAUCCAAACAAGCCAAGAAGAGCUUCUUAUUAAUAUGAAAAAUAUAUUUAAGAAAAAACUGGCAAAAAGCCAGCGAGGUUUAUGUGAAAGAAUAGAAGAACUGGAGCAAGCAAUUUGUGAUAAAAGCAAGGAAAUACAAGAUUUGAAAAAUAUUUUAAAAAGAAAUGAGAAGGUUAAGAAGAGUCUCCAAGAAGAUUCUCAAGAAUAUAAUACAGAAAUGACGUCAUUUGAAGAGAAGGACUCUGUUUCAACUCCAUGUAGUCCUCACAAGGUGGAGGUACCUUUGUCCGUCGUCUGCAGGGAACGGUCGAAGACUGAGCCAUCUAUCCCAGAAGUCAGUAGUGCUUGAAAUCCAUCGGCAUGUGAGAAAGAUUUCUUUUGAGGUGGAUAUGAAACAAGUAAAACGAGAGCAGAGAUAGAAUUAUGUUGUUAAGGGCAUUCAGAGGAAGCCUGCUAUUUAUAAUUGAAAUUUUGAUAUUGUUUGCCCUUUGAGGGGAUUUGGUUUUUGGGAGGGCCUGACAGAAUGCUUUUGCGUCAGAAGAAGAAACCAAUUUAUGAUGGGUCAUGGUAACAAUAUGUUGAUGAAAAAAGGGACCAGAUAGGCAUGGCAAUCUUCUCUUUUUCAUUUGUCUGUCCAGAAAAUUAGCGUCACCACGAGGGGACUGGGGCGGACAUGUUUCUCCAGUGCUCGGAUGAGAAAGUGUUGGGGGAGGGGUAAUUUUUUGCAAGGCAUUUUUUGUGAUGUAAUUCUACGUUUUUGAAACUGAUUUCAUGGAGAUAAAGGGUAGACAUGGGCGUCCCAUUUAGGUAAAAUAUGCGUUACCUGUUGGUAAAAGGCGUUUCCUGAUAGCAAAAAAGGUGUGGCAUAAAACAACUUCACUUUGACUAUGUAUCUGGUGAUUUGACUCAAUGCUACUAAAUACUCAUGGCAUGCCAGAUAUAUCUAGUAAUCUUGAGAUAACAAAUUAGAAAGUUUGCAUUAACGCAAAUCUGAUUAAUUUAUUUGAUGUAAAUAAUAUAAAUUUUAAUGUAUUUAUGAUGCCAUUUGUUGUACACGUAUGAAGGCAAGAUCCUUAAAAUCUAACAGUUGUUUAAAAGAAUAAAGUUGAUACAAUCAACGGCCUAAUUAUCAAGCUGAGAUCUCAUCUCUUCAAGUCUUACUGGAUUUUAAGUAUAUUUUUCUUGUCAUUAUCUGCAUUAAUGUUUGAAGGGACCGAAUUUAGUGAAAUAGAUAUUGUCGGGGCCACUCUCGCAUUACCCUUGAGGUUUGCGCAUCCAACGCUGCGCAUAGCACGGAAACGAGAUAGAGCAUGUACAUAUGACUAAAAAGUCAUCGUCGUCGGUGGCAGCUAGUUUUUUCCAUAGCGUCAAAAGCAUCAAAAAUAUUUCAGAAGACAAAAAUAAACAUAACUAUGACUGACAGUAAGUUGCAUCCCAACAAAUGCAUUAGGGACGUCCAUUCAAAAACUCAUCAAAUUCG